GGACAGAGUGAAAGUGAAAGGGCUUUUAUCAGACUUCCUGUUUCUUCAUACGUCUCAGCCCGAUUCUGUACAAAGCACAAAACAAACCUUUAAUUCUGCUUUAAUUCGACUUCAUAAUGACCGAUGCACUCAGGGUCUCCUUUAUGGUUCUUGGGAACACCAUGAACGCCCACAAGGUCUUUAUGGACAAACUCAAGUCCAAAGUGAAGCUACAUGACGUGUCCUUGAAGGAACAAAGUGACGUCAUCAUAGCUUUUGUACCGAUUGUGUCUCGAGCUGGAACGGACAUUCAAGCUGCUCUUGACCAAAUUCCGAAAGGACUUCCACACCAGCGCAUCAUUCUGGUGUCUCUCCACCACACAUAUGAUCCUGGUUACAUUGCUCCGGACAGCAGACACUCUGUUAACAGGAGUGACGUGUUUGCUGUUGAUUGUCUCUUUUAUGAAGACCAGGGACUGCUGAACUCCCAGUGCAAUGACAAGGCACUGAAUAGAGUAAUAAAUCACCUCGGAGGAGAAACGCCACCAGAUAAUGUCUCUGUCAUGAGCUGGUUAAGUGUUGUGAACAACAUUGAACUGAUUUCUGGGAUAAUGACUGAGCUGAUCCUCCUCCUUGUUGGUUUACUUUUGCCAGAAGGAUACAGCUACUUCAAAUUUUUUAUGACUGAGAAUUUUCUGCUGAUUAUCUUGGCUGUCAUCCUGAAUUAUUUCAGCUAUAGCAAGUUGAUUUUGUGGAUUUUUUAUACCAUAAACAUUGUGUUCUUUUUCAUAUUUCAAAUUCAGAGAAUAAUGACUGAGAUUGAGCUGGAUUCUAAUCGUUAUUAUUACAUCCCAAUUAUUAAUUGGGACGAAGUCGUGGCCUAAUGGUUAGAGAGUCUGACUCUUAACCCUAAGGUUGUGGGUUUGAGUCUCGGGCCGGCCACGACUGAGGUGCCCUUGAGCAAGGCACCGAAACCCCCCAACUGCUCUGGGUGUGUGUUCAUGGUGUGUGUGUGUUCACUGCUGUGUGUGUGCACUUUGGAUGGGUUAAACGCAGAGAACGAAUUCUGAGUAUGGGUCACCGUACUUAGCCGUAUGUCACAUCACGUCACUUUCACUUAAUUAAUAAAGAAAAUUCUCCAAGAUGUAUUUGUGAUUUAAAUCGAUCUGUGUGUGAACUGUAAAGACUCAAUAGACUUAUAAAAUAACUGAGGUACUUUACAUAACUGAACGUAGGCAAAUGAUGCUAAACAUAUAACAUUACUUUGUCUGAUAUUGUCUAUGUACUGUACGUACUUGUAAAAAAAAAGCCUGUAUCUGUAUCUAAUGAAGAAUAAAAA